UCUACAACUCGCUUCCGCUGUGGUCCUUCUAGAAGGACUUUGGCUUGUGUGGGUGGGUGAGCUGGCCUGAGUAGGCGAUGCCCCUAGCUUUCGUCCACCCGCUGUGCUUUCUUUACUCGUGAGAGGAAAAAGAGUUAAAUACAACUCGAUGUGCCAUCAUUUGUCAUAGUGAAAGCAGCAUGCUUGAAUUUUCUGAAGUUGUGCAAAAUAAAAUAUUACAAUUAUUGCCUUAUUCACAAUGUACAGAGGGAUUUUAUCAUACAAACAGGAGAUCCUACAGGGACUGGCCGUGGAGGAGAGUCUAUAUUUGGACAACUGUAUGGUGAUCAAGCAAACUUUUUUGAGGCAGAAAAAGUGCCAAGGAUUAAGCACAAGAAGAAGGGCACUGUGUCCAUGGUAAACAAUGGCAGUGAUCAACAUGGAUCUCAGUUUCUUAUUACUACAGGAGAAAAUCUAGAUUACCUUGAUGGUGUUCAUACAGUGUUUGGUGAAGUGACAGAAGGCAUGGACAUAGUUAAGAAAAUCAAUGAGACCUUUGUCGACAAGGAUUUUGUACCAUAUCAAGAUAUCAGGAUAAAUCAUACAGUGAUUUUAGAUGAUCCAUUUGAUGACCCUCCUGAUUUAUUAAUUCCUGAUCGAUCACCAGAACCUACAAGGGAACAAUUAGAUAGUGGUCGAAUAGGAGCAGAUGAAGAAAUUGAUGACUUCAAAGGAAGAUCAGCUGAAGAAGUAGAAGAAAUAAAGGCAGAAAAAGAGGCUAAAACUCAAGCUAUUCUUCUAGAGAUGGUGGGAGACUUACCUGAUGCAGAUAUUAAACCUCCAGAAAAUGUUUUGUUUGUGUGUAAAUUGAAUCCAGUGACCACAGAUGAGGACCUGGAGAUAAUAUUCUCAAGAUUUGGGCCAAUAAGAAGUUGUGAAGUUAUCCGAGAUUGGAAAACAGGAGAAUCCCUCUGUUAUGCUUUUAUUGAAUUUGAAAAGGAAGAAGACUGUGAGAAAGCAUUCUUCAAAAUGGAUAAUGUACUUAUAGACGACAGGAGAAUACAUGUGGAUUUUAGUCAGUCUGUUGCAAAGGUUAAAUGGAAAGGGAAAGGUGGGAAAUAUACCAAGAGUGAUUUCAAGGAGUAUGAAAAGGAACAGGAUAAACCAUCCAAUUUGGUUUUGAAAGAAAAAGUUAAGCCUAAACAGGAUGCAAAAUAUGAUCUUAUACUAGAUGAGCAGGCAGAAGACUCAAAGUCAAGUCACUCACAUACCAGUAAAAAACACAAAAAGAAAACCCGUCACUGCUCUGAAGAAAAGGAAGAUGAAGAAUAUAUGCCGAUCAAAAAUCCUAAUCAGGAUAUCUACAGGGAAAUGGGCUUUGGCCAUUAUGAAGAUGAAGAAAGUUGUUGGGAGAAGCAGAAAAGUGAAAAGAGAGACCGACGUCAGAACCGCAGUCGGAGCCGAUCUCGAGAAAGGGAUGGUCACUAUAGUAACAGCCACAAACCCAAGUACCAGACAGAUCCUUAUGAAAGGGAAAGGAGUAGAAAGAGAGACCGAAGCAGAAGUCCAAAGAAAUCCAAAGACAAAGACAGAUCUAAGUACAGAUGAGAGGGGAAGAAGAGGAAGUGAAUGCUGGCGGGUCUGCUCCUGCCUGGAGCUCUCACUGACGCUGAGUUCCUGCUGGCACAGCCAACUCUACCUGCUUCAGGUUAACACCGAUGGUGUGGGGCACUGGAAGAGAGUGGGCAUUUUCUGUGUAUACUUUUUAUACAAAUUUUAUUGUUGUGCAUACAUGUUAGUGUUCAUAUUUAACUUCUUUCAUAUUUUCAGCCUUUUUAAAAUGAAGCAAUUCAUACCACAGAAGUCCAUAAAGUUGUAUAUAAUACAUAAAACUUAGUAAAUUGUAUACCCGGCCGCAGUGUAAGAGUGUCGUUUGCUAUGGAAGUUUCAUGUCCUUUCUUCCUCCAGAUUUUAUCAUUCUGAGUUGUGUUUACCUUGCUGUUAAUUUCGUAUGGUUUGGAAUUUUAUAAAAUGACACAAUAUAUGUUUACUUCUGUGACUUUUCUUAAGAGUUGAUUCAUUUUUAUUGUUACAUAGUUGUAAUAGAUAUGGGGCAGUUGAUCUGUUGAUGGGCCUUUGUUGCUUUAUUGCUGUACAUAGCCUUGACCACCAAUAGAAGAGGCUUAGUUAUGUAAGAAGUUAGCUUCCUGGCUAGGAAGAUGGCUCAGAUUGCCCUGUGCUUGCUUCACAAGCAUAGGACUGAGGUCAGAUCCUCAGGACCACAUAACCAGGCUGACAGUGCAUGCUUCUGUCCCAGCGCUGGAGAGGCAGGAGCAGGUGAAGCUCCAGGGCUAGUGAGAAACCUUGUCUCAAAAACUGUGAUGGAGAGUGAUUGAGGAAGACAACCUGACUGACCUCUCCUCCACAUACAUGCACAAAUUGUGCAUCCUGGAUAGACAGCUGUAAGUGUUGCUUGCACAAAUGAUUCUAAGGUGUGGUCUGGAAGAAUGAGCAAGAGAUGAGCUGGAAACUGAGAAUUCACCUACUGACAGCUGAGACUUGAUUUAAUAGCUCUGGAAUAUUGGAAUGGUAAAAACUUAUACACCAAGCGUGUCAGGGUAAAAUAUCCUUUAUUGCAAAUUUUGAGAAGCUGUUUUAUUUUCCCUACACAUCUGACAGUAAUUCUAUGCACUUAUGGAGGUGUAAUGUGUUUUAUAUGUUCAUAUCUGGGAUGAGUAAAUUUAUUUACAAACAUCA